AUGGGGUCUGAUUUCGGAAGGCAGCUCGCAGUGCAGAUCGCAGCCAAAGACAAAGAUGGCGACGGCGGAGUCCAGGAGCCAUACGACAAGGAGAUGUGUGAGCGUGCGAUGGGCAACCAGGGCCAGUAUGUUGCGGCAGGCAAUUUGCUUUGGCUGGACGUGCUCAGAAGUCCUUCGCCAGGGGUUCCACUCAGCUUCCGCACCGUUCAGGAAUUGGCGGACUUCCGGUGGCCUGCGGACCAAGAACCCAGUUUCGCACGCGUGUUACUGCAAGUCGUUGGGCCAGUCCCGGGUCAUGUACCGGAUGUCCCCCAGGCGUUGCAGACGCUGACUCCCGAGGGCUACGUGCAUUCAAUGCUGCAUGCAUGCGCCAGGCAGCUGCCAGACCGCAAGGAUCGGUGGUCCCUCAUCCUGCGAUCCGUGCCCUUGUGCUUUGUGAAGGAACCCGAAGAUGAGUGGAUCGCAAGCUGGAACAAUCGCAAUGCCAUAGCUCAGGAUUUUGAGUCCUUAGGAAGAACAGCAUUUCAGAUGGCCCAAGAGAUGAAGCUGCUGAAGAAGCGUUUGGAGAAGGAGGCGAACAGAGCAUUGUCAAACACAGAUUUUCGCAAAUCAAGGAGUCGGGCCUCAAGAAAGCAAGCAGCCAAGAUGACCUGUCGACGAAUCUCAUUUGCACCGCACUUGCAGUGGCUGAGAAACUGA